UUAAAUUAUCAGAUAAUUGUAUGAUUCUAAUCUUUUCUGUUUAUGUUGCGAUUAAUUCUAACACUGCCCUUACUGUUUCCAACACCCCUUUUUAUUUCCAAUUUACCCGUCCUUCCCCACCAACAAUAACGGCAAUUUCAAAAUCACAAUCCACCUUCGGGUUGGCCCCCUUUCUUCCCAAUUGGCACCAAUCCUGUCCCCCAACUCAUUUUCCCCCAUGGCAAUUUUCAAAUCACAAUUGCCCAUUCACAUUUCGAGUUAACCCCUCUCCAAAUUUGCCCUUUCUUCCCCCCACUCAUUUUCCCCCAUGCCAAUUUCCAAUUCACAAUUGACCCCCAUCCCUCUUCCACUUCCAAUUGGCCCCUUCUUUCCCCACAUCCCCACACUCCAAGACAAUUUUCAAACCAAAGUUGCACUACCAUCCUUUACCCGCAAUCGACAAUUUCAUUCACCCAUACAUAUUCUCUCAUCAAAUGACAAUUUACCAGAUGCAAUUCUUUGCUUUUUUCCAGUUACUUUUUUUUGAACCAUCUACUUGAUCCUUCUCAAUAUGUCUAUUUCUUUGAAGUAAAAAACCUUUUUUCUAUACAUACUACGACUAUGUACUCUUUUUUUAUAGGUUAGUUUUCACCUUUGAUGUCAUUAACUUUUAAAAAAAAUAAUCCUUGCGUUUAUGGCGUGUCUGUAGUAUAGCGUGUCAAGGCAGCUUGAAAAUUUUACUUAUUAUCAUUAUUUUUAUUGUGUAUAUUUUUAGUAAAUAUUGUCAAACUAAACUAAAAAUUAUUUACUUUUGUCAAUUUAGUGGAUAAUGUACAAACAUACGUCUUUAAAAUUAAUUCUUUUUUUGCUUUGUUGAGUUUUAUGUGUUUAUAUAAUAUUUACUUUCAACAUUUAAUUGUAACAGUUGAAAAUUAAGUCAACGAUUAAAUUUUUUAAUAAUGUU